AGAGAGAGAGAGAGAGAGAGAGAGGGAGACAGAGGGACUCAAGUGAUACAGCCGAGGACUACGCGCUACAGAAGACGGACGAAGGCAUGUCUCCAGGAUUCAGGUGCGCGCGGAUAUGCCCCGGGUGUCGUGCUCACAAAUCAUUGUCGCUUGGAUAAACCUGGAUGUAUUGUCAGACAGCAGAUAGUAUGCCUGCACAGUUGGCACAGAUCACGCGAUGUGGCACAAUAUGGCACGCGUAAAGAUGGGUCUCUUUGCUCUACUGUGUCUCCCCACGUUUUUCUUCCGCGCCCUCGUGCUCUCCCACAGCAGCAGCAUCUAUGAGCGGUCGGCGGUCCCUCGUGCCGUGGUCCGCUCGGUGGCUCGUAUGGAUGGAGACGUGAUUAUCGGUGCGCUCUUUUCCGUCCACCACCAGCCUUCUGCGGAGAAGGUAGCUGAGCGGAAGUGCGGGGACGUCCGCGAGCAGUAUGGCAUCCAAAGGGUGGAGGCCAUGUUCCACACAUUGGACCGAAUCAACGCGGACCCACACCUCCUCCCCAACAUCAGCCUGGGCUGUGAGAUCCGCGACUCCUGCUGGCACUCCUCUGUGGCCCUAGAGCAGAGCAUCGAGUUCAUCCGUGACUCCCUCAUUUCUAUCCGGGAUGACAAGGACGGGUCCAAAUGGUGCAUUGACGGCACCCCGUCUCACCAGCCUCCACCCAGCAAGAAGCCCAUCGCUGGAGUGAUCGGACCCGGAUCCAGCUCUGUGGCUAUUCAGGUGCAGAAUCUCUUACAGCUGUUCAACAUACCGCAGAUCGCCUACUCUGCUACCAGCAUCGAUUUGAGCGACAAGACCCUGUUCAAGUACUUCCUGAGGGUCGUGCCCUCAGACACUCUGCAGGCCCGGGCCAUGCUGGACAUUGUCAAGCGAUACAACUGGACCUAUGUGUCUGCGGUGCACACUGAGGGAAACUAUGGGGAGAGUGGCAUGGAGGCCUUUAAGGAGCUGGCCUCUCUGGAAGGCUUGUGCAUCGCCCACUCGGACAAGAUUUACAGUAAUGCAGGGGAGAAGCACUUUGAUCGCCUUUUGAGGAAACUACGGGAACGUCUGCCCAAAGCUCGUGUGGUGGUGUGCUUCUGUGAGGGCAUGACUGUCCGAGGUCUCCUGAUGGCCAUGAGGAGGCUGGGGGUGUUCGGGGAGUUCCUCCUCAUCGGCAGUGAUGGAUGGGCAGACCGUUACGAGGUUGUGGAGGGUUAUGAGCAGGAAGCAGAGGGAGGAAUCACCAUGAAGCUGCAAUCAGAGGUGGUCAAGACCUUCGAUGAUUACUACCUGAAGCUGCGUCUGGACACUAACACCAGGAACCCCUGGUUCUCUGAGUUCUGGCAGUAUCGUUUCCAGUGCCGUCUCGCGGGCAACCCACAGGAGAACAAGAACUACAAGAAAGUGUGCUCCGGAAAUGAGAGUCUACAUGAGAACUAUGUGCAGGAUAGUAAGAUGGGAUUUGUCAUCAAUGCCAUCUAUGCCAUGGCUCAUGGCCUCCAUGAUAUGCACUUGGAGUUGUGCCCAGGGCAGCCGGGGCUGUGUGAGGCGAUGGACCCUAUUGAUGGCAGCAAGCUGCUGGACUACCUGCUGAAGACGUCCUUCAAAGGAGUCUCAGGGGAGGACAUUUAUUUCGAUCAAAAUGGAGACACCCCAGGAAGGUAUGACAUCAUGAAUCUACAGGGGUUGGGUGAUGAGCGCUAUGACUACCUAAACGUGGGCUCCUGGCACGAGGGCAUCCUAACCAUCGAUGACGACAAGCUGUGGAUGAACAGCAGCGACAUAGUGCGCUCAGUCUGCAGUGAGCCCUGCUCCAAGGGACAGAUCAAGGUGAUCAGGAAGGGAGAGGUGAGCUGCUGUUGGAUCUGCACCACAUGCAAGGACAAUGAGUACGUCCAGGAUGAGUUUACCUGCAAGGCGUGUGAGCUGGGGUGGUGGCCCGAUGAUGACCUGGAAGGCUGCCAGCCGCUGCCUCUGAAGUAUUUGGACUGGUCGGAUGUGGAAUCUAUAGUGGCCGUUGCUUUCUCCUGUGUGGGAAUCCUGAUCACUUCCUUUGUUACCUUUGUGUUCAUCCAGUAUCGUGACACGCCUGUGGUCAAGUCCUCAAGCAGAGAACUGUGUUAUAUCAUCUUGGCAGGCAUCUUCAUGGGCUACAUCUGUCCUUUCACCCUAAUCGCCCAUCCUACUGUGGUCUCCUGCUACCUGCAGCGGCUACUGGUGGGCCUCUCAUCUGCCAUGUGCUACUCUGCCUUGGUGACCAAAACUAACCGCAUCGCCCGCAUCCUGGCAGGCAGCAAGAAGAAGAUCUGCACCAAGAAGCCCCGUUUCAUGAGCGCCUGGGCCCAGGUGGUCAUCGCCUUUAUGCUGAUCAGCGUGCAGCUAACUCUGGAGAUCACCCUCAUCAUUCUGGAGCCUCCUCUGCCCAUCAAGUCCUACCCUAGCAUACGUGAGGUCUACCUCAUUUGUAAUACUAGCAACGUAGGCAUGGUGGCACCACUAGGCUACAACGGCCUGCUGAUCAUGAGCUGCACCUACUAUGCCUUCAAGACGCGGAACGUCCCGGCCAAUUUUAAUGAGGCGAAAUAUAUCGCCUUCACAAUGUACACUACCUGCAUCAUCUGGUUGGCUUUUGUGCCAAUCUAUUUUGGCUCAAACUACAAGAUCAUAACCACAUCCUUCUCCGUCAGCCUGAGUGUCACAGUGGCACUGGGGUGCAUGUUCACGCCUAAGAUGUACAUUAUCAUUGCUAAACCAGAGAGAAACGUCCGAAGCGCCUUCACAACAUCUGAUGUUGUGCGCAUGCACGUUGGCGAUGGGAAGUCAGCUCAAUGUGGGACCAACAGCUUCCUCAAUAUCUUCCGCCGGAAGAAGCCUGUGUCUGGCAAUGCCAAUUCUAAUGGCAAGUCUGUGUCAUGGUCUGAAUCAGGUGCAAGACACCCUCCGAGGGGGGGGAAUGUGUGGCACAGACUGUCUGUGCAUGUGAGGAAACAGGAAGCCGGCUUGAAUCAGACGGCAGUCAUCAGGCCCCUAACUAACACCCCCGACCCCCACAGUUGUGAGCCCUCCACCUGCAACCUUGGCACAGAACCCCAACCACAUCAAGAACCACGCGGCGCUAAGCCUCUGUACAACCUGGAGGAGGAGGACGACGAGGAUUCGCAGCGUCCCCUCUGGACUCCCACUUGCUCUGGACAGAUGCAAGGGCUGGAGUCUAAUUUAGAUAAGCCCGCUUCUUUUUUGCCCUCUCAUUUGAAGGGUUGCACUACAGAGCACUUGCAGGGGGCUGUGGUGGACACACACAGCUCCUAUGCCCCUGCACUGAACGACAACAUCGCCAAGAAGGCAAUCCCUGCCAACGAGCCUUUGAGCUUGACCCCCUUUCAGCCUCCUUUGGCCCCACGAAUAGGGGUGUUUGACGAGGAGGUGUCCGAUGACGAGUCACUGGACCUUUUACACAGCUACAUUUAUGAUGCCAAGGAGGAGGGGGAGGGGGAGGACGGGGAAGGCGAGGAUUUAACUCAGAACAAGCCAACUCUGGAGGAUUCCUUUGCUCUGUCGCCUCCCUCCCCCUUCAGAGACUCUGUGUGUUCUGGGGAAUAUGUCAGUGACUCCCCCAUCAUGGAGUCGAUGCUCGGGAGCCCUCCGAGCACAGUGUACACCUCAAACAUGCUCCAUGACUACGCACACAGCUCCUCAACACUGUGAGAGCAAAACACGCGCUGACACAGACAUUGCAUUUUGACAUACUGGUUCACGCACAAAAACAGAAACAUACUGUACAACCUGAUUUUAGUAUCUUUUCCAGUUUCUAACACUUUUCCUUGUCAUUUGCUUGCUUGUAUUUAUUACUCUGCUUUUAAAAGUAAGGGGUUAAUAAGGGAUAAGUAGACAACCACCAGGAACCAUCCAUGAGUACUUACAUUUCUGAAGGGCUGUUGGUGAACAAAGCCUUUCUGUAAAAUGUUAAACUGGGAAGAGUUCCAAAAGUAGUCAGCUCUCAUACCAAAUUGUGAUGAAUUAAGAGACACUUAGAGACAUAAUAAAGGAUGUAGUUGUGGUUCUCAUAAUGGCAGUGCAAUUAGAUGGUCCAUGAGGAACAAAUGGAAAGAGAAACAUUCUGUGUGUAUAUAUGUACACUGUUAGAUACAACCAGAGACCAAACUAGCUCUAAGCACUGCAGUAGCUCAAGUGCAUUUCAUGCUGGUUUUGAUUAGCUCUGCUCCUCUCUGCUGCACAGGUCUUCUUAUGUGUGUAGGAGUAGCAGCUGCAUUGAAAAACUUCUCGCCUUUUUUUCAUUAAUUAAUUUCACCUCAGCUUUCUCUCACCCAAACUCAUCGCAAUUUAAAUAUUACAGAGAUUAAUUAACAAGAAACGUGCAGUAAGUUGGUUGAAUAUUACUUUUAUGUGUUGCGAGUUAUAUUAUCACUGAACUGAGAUUCCGCUGAAGACUUGCGCUGUAUGAUAUGUGAUAUGGGUAUAAUGUUCCAAUCAGAGUUGUUAUCCACCUUCAUCCCUGCUUUCAGUUUUUACGAUGUAGCUGAUACAGGUUAGCUUGAUUGUAGAUGAUGGCGAUGUUGUGUAUUCAGUUUACAUUCAAUCAUAACCCUCAGAACCAGUUUUACGAGCAUGGGAUGUGAUAAAAGAACAACUUUUGCUUUCAAUGCCGUGUUGAUAUUUCUCAUGUUUUCUGAGUUGGCUGUGUCAUUGUAAUGAAAAACACAGUACUUGUACAAGUUCUCGAAGUUUGUAAUACUGUUAAACCAUCUCUUGUUUUUCACACAGGUGGUAUGUUUGUAAUACUGAUAAAUGUUUCUAUAUUUAGAAUGUCAAAGAAAAAAAAAGAGUUUAUACAUUUUGAAACUGUCCUCAGAUACUUGUCACAGAGCAGUGUGUUUGGUUUUUGGGUAACUUUUAAGCUAACUUGAGUCGACUGUAUCCUCUUGAUAAUAUUCAGUUGUUAAAGUAACCGAUGAUUAAUUGCUUCUUGUAAUGAGAUUAUACAUGCUUCAAUUUUGCUUAAAUCUUGCAUUAUAAACUUUAGUAGUUUACUUGAGGUUAAGUUUCUUAGUUCUUUAUCUAUAAGAAUACAAAUUAUUUCAAGUACAAGACUAUACAGUGCAUAGUGCAAUUGUAUUGUAUUUCCAAAUGUUUUUAGUCUAUUAAAGUGUAAGUUGUUAUAUGAUUUUAACCAAUGUAAAAUAUACGAGAGUGCCACCUGUUUAACACUGUCAAAUCUAGAGUGAAAUAGGCCUUUAUGUUUUGGGCAAGCUGAAC